UGCGCUGGAGGGAGGAAGGUUGUGUUCAGACCAACAGGGUUUGGAGCCGCUGUGUUUGGAGUCUUUACGUCCUCUCCUUUUGGAACUUAACACACGUUUUUAUGUCAGUUUGAACACAUCUACCUGGAUUUUCUUUUCCUCUAAAGGUAAUUUCCCUCGUUGUCCGCUGGUUGCAGAAUGAUGAUGGGAUCUGGGCUGCUGCUGUCCAGCCUCCUGAUUUCCAUGCUGGGUUCCUCACUCCUGCACGUCUCUGGACAACUCUCAUCAGAGGAGCCCUGCAGCGUUCAGAUUCUCAUCCCUGGACUCAAAGGAGAACCUGGAGAGAAAGGAACCAAAGGAGCUGCAGGGAGAGCAGGCCGACUCGGACCCCCGGGAGAGAAUGGCCAACAAGGACUUAAAGGGCCGAAAGGCAUCAUGGGACACUAUGGAAAGAUUGGGCCGAGUGGAUACAAGGGCUUCAAGGGAGACAUGGGCGAAGCAGGCCCCAUUGGUGCCAGCGGAGAGCCAGGAUUUCCGUGCGAGUGCUCUCCACUGAGGAAGACGAUCGGAGAGAUGGACAUCCUGGUGGCCCAGCUGUCCUCCGAAAUCAAGUUCAUUAAAAAUGCCCUGCCCUCCCCCGCAGCGGUCGCUGGCAUCAAGGAGACGGACACUAAGGUCUACCUGCUGGUGAAGGAGGAGAGGAGCUUCGCCGAGGCGGAGGCCUUCUGCCAGGCCCGGGGGGGCCACCUGGCCAUGCCCCGGGACCCCACCGCCAACGCCCUGCUGGCGGCCUACCUCAGCGAGGCCGGCCUGGCCCGGGCCUACAUCGGCCUCCAGGACGCGGAGCGCGAGGGGGACUUCCGCUACGUGGACCGCUCCCCCAUGACCACCUUCGGCCGCUGGAGGAAGGGGGAGCCCAACGACGCGUACGGGGACGAGGACUGCGUGGAGCUGACGGCGUCGGGGGAGUGGACCGACGUGGCCUGCCGCCCCGCCAUGGGCUCCGUGUGCGAGUUCCACAAGGACAGGGUGUGAGGGCCGCUGCUGGGAGGGGAGACCAGGGGGUAGAGGG